ACUCUCUUUCAGGUAAUGCUAAAAUUCUCCUUCUUCUCUUUCAAUCCCGCUCCAUUUCCUUUGAUUCCUCUGAAUUCUUCCGUGUUAUGCACUCUCCUUCAUGAUUCCGAUUCGUAUAUCACUUUUCUUUUUAAUCGUUUUUCUUAUCUUAGCUGCCGUUGCUGAUUUGUAUGGAUUCGAUGGACUCGAUGGAAAAGGAUAAUCUGAACCUACGAAGUAAGCUGUCUGGUUUUAUUUCUGACGAUGAAAAUGAAGAAUCGAGAUGCCUUGGUACAAUCAGAAGUGAUGCUAACUUCAAUGGGCUCCAUGAAGAAUACAGUGCAGCUUCUGGAUUCCAUCAUUCCCAAUUUCCAGAUCCAUCUGUCUCCUCUCAUCCAAACCUUGCUGGAUCCUUCUCUGAUUCAAUUUCAUACACUGAUAUUGAUUGGUCAUUUGAUGGCUCCCGAUUGGGAUUAAGCUCUCAAAAGUGGUCUCACAGCAUUUAUGCUAAUCCCAAAAAUAAGACAAAUGCUUCUUUUAGUAUCAGAAGUCCAGAACUUGCCAGUAUUUGUAGAGUCCCAGCAAGAACUCACGAAGCUGAAGGCAUACAUAGAGUAACAAACAAUCAUAAUUUUCACUCCGCGGAAUGUGAGGACCAAAUCGAUCUUAACAUUACUGCAAUUUGCAGUGCACUCCAACCUCAUGGUUUAGAAGAACUAGAUGCUGAGGCUUUAGAUGUUGGAUGUCAGACAAAAGCCACCACGGCUGUUAACAAGGCAGAUAAGAUCUCAGGCUUUAAAGACAAUUCAGGGGACAUUCCUAACCUUACAACCUUUCCUCAGAACUCUGUAGGAGUAAGAUGUAGUAAUUUUAUUAAUUUUAGUUUGCACCAAUCAUCUGUAUUCCAACCAUCUAUUAUAGUUGGUGGGGAUAACCCUUUUCCCACGCCAAGCUUUACAGAUGAUUCAGGUCUUACUCCUGCAGUAGUACAGAGCGAUGAGGAUAUCCUCAACUCGCUUAAAAAUGCUCCUCCUCCCACGACAGAAUCUGUUAACAGCAAAAUUGAGCUAUCCUCACAAUGCUGGUUUACUGACUUAGAAUCUUGUUUGCUUAGAAGGGAUCAAAGUCAGCGGCCUUCUGAACAGAAAUCUCCUCCUGAUGUUAGGAACUUCGCAUCUGAAUUUCCAACAUUUGCUCCUUCCCUUGGGAUCUCUGCAACCAUCUCUGUUCCAGAUCAGUCAGUUGAGCUUGUUCAAUCUGCUGGCCCGUCUCAACCUCCCCAAAACGUUGGCAAUGCUCUCGCUUCUGUUUCAGGAAAUCAAGAUGCAAGAGAAUUUGGGACAGUUGAAGAUUCUGGUAUUGCUAAAUCAAAUCCUAAUCCACCAGUGUUCACUUCUUCCCCGGUCUCGGCAAAUACUGACAUAUCAUUUCAAGCCCAUCUUGCGCAGGUUCUAUCUGUCUCUGUCUCACCUGAUAUAACUUCACAUGUUGUAAUUCAACCUCAGAAAACCGAAAUUGACCCAAAUCAGGUUUACCAACCAAUCAUUAGUGAGAGCGUUCCACUUGUUUCUUCCAAGUUUGAAGAUCUACGAGAUCGUUCUUUCCGACGCUCAAGGACCUCACGUUGUUACAUAAAAUGCCGAGAUUUGGAUCAAACUCCCAAAUUAAGUGGAGAGAGAUGCUUCAUAUGUAAGAGGGAUCUUUCAUUCAAACCAGAAGGCUCACUUAUCCUUCCAAAAAUUCCACCAACUGUGGCAGUACUGCCAUGUAGCCACGUGUUUCAUGGCCUCUGUUUGGAACGCGUCACUCCUCAAAACCAAGCUGAAGAUCCUCCCUGUCUUCCGUGUGCUGUUGGCGACACUUGAUUUCUGCAAACCAUUGGGGUUAGUCACUCAUCACCUCUCAUUUAUUUUUCUCAGAUUGAAAUUCUUUAACAAGAAUAACUUGAGAUGGGUUUAACUUUGUAUAUACGUAGGCUAAUUAUCACUUAAUUUUUUGCUCUCAACUGCACUAAUUUUUCUCCCGGGUAAGAACAUUCUUUCAUUGCCAAUUCUCCAAGUACUCGGAUGUAUUCGGAUUUUCUCACUUUA